AUGCGUAUAGUUCAAGUGUUGAGUCUUGUUCUUGGAGUUUACUGUGGCCGUCUAUUAGCUGAAAUCUGCCCUCCUGAUUGGCACCGAUACGGCGAGUCAUGUUACUUCAUUAUAAAGGACAAGAUGGAUUGGUACCAAGCAAAUCGCACUUGUGCCGAGUCACGAGCAAACCUAGCCAUCCCAAACUCUCAAUCCGAACAGGAUUACAUAUGGGAACUAUUCCUGAAAGAACCUGAUCUGACAACAAAUGACCAUCUUUGGAUUGGUUGCAAUGACAUAUUGGAGGAGGGAAACUGGCAGUACUGUCCGUUAAACGGUGAUGAUACCAAAGCCUAUGAGAAUUGGGCGGAUGAAGAGCCAAAUGACUAUAACGGUGGUGAAGAUUGUGGUGUCCAAGACAAGAGGAGGGGGUGGUACAUGGAACGAUGA